AUGACUCUUGUUCGACAAUGUUCGAGAGCGUAUGAUACAGUAAAAAACCCAGCUGAAGCCUUGCAAGUGGCGAAAGAAAAAGAGCUGUUACUACAGUCAUGUAGACGAAAAGGAGACAUAGCUACAUCAUCUACACCUUCCGCUCCCCUCUAUCCGACAUCGUCAUCUCCUCCACCUCCAUACCAAGGACCUCCUGCAUAUGUUCCUCCACCCCCAACUUAUGAAGAAACGCGAUUGCCACCAGUUAUUGUGACGCAACCUCCUACCACAGUGUUCAAGUGGAAUCCUGUUGGCAUCGUUUGCCCAUAUUGUCAUAGCAGUGUCGUUACGAAAGUCAGAUCUGAAGCCGGGCUUUUAGCAUGGCUUCUCUGUGGAGUACUGUGUCUUAUGGGAUUGUGGGCUUUUUGCUGUUUAAUUCCCUUUUAUCUUGAAUCCACACAAGAUGUUAUACAUACGUGUCCAUUGUGUAAAUCACAAGUAGGGUAUUAUAAGCCACUGUGAAGAAGGUGGAAUGACAAGUUUCCAUAAGUUACACAAACAAUCCUACUUUAGGGUCCAAUAUCACUAAGAGAAGUCAAUUAUAUAAACAAAGUGCUCUUUUAUUUUUUCAUAUUCCUUUUUCUAAAGGUUUUGCGUCAUGUAAAUCUUUUUAAACUGAAGAAUUUACAUAUGUCUUCCUCACAUUUUUGAUACUGGUGAUAUAAU